GCGGCGACAGGUCGCGAUGCUGCGGCGAAAGCCGACGCGGCUGGAGCUGAAGCUGGACGACAUCGAGGAGUUCGAGAGCAUCCGCAAGGACCUAGAGAGCCGCAAGAAGCAGCGGGAAGAAGUGGAGGCAACGGCGGUUGGAGAGGAGGCGGCGGCAGCAGCAGCGGCGGCCAUCGCUCUGGCUACAGACCACAAGAGCCGGGAGCAGAUCAUCAAUGACCGCAUCGGCUACAAGCCGCAGCCGAAGGCCGGCGGCCGCACCACCCACUUCGGCAACUUUGAAUUCUGA